AUGGCUCCCAAACGCCAGGGUGCUCGUGCAGCUGCUAGAGCUGCUGCCACCGCUUCGAAGACCAAGAGCAAAUUGGUGAAGGCACUUGACAAGAAGACCCAAAAUGAGCAGAAACACCAAGCGAAAAAGGAAUCCAGAGUGAGCGGGCACUUUCAGAAAGCCAUGAACACCUUCUUUGAGAGGACUAUCCAGGAAGAUCGCCAGUUCGUUUUGAAGAUGAUUUCAGAGAAUGACCCAUGGAUUCCACGUCUUGCUGCCUUGUUUCGCUCUGGGGCUAUGAAGCAGCUCUUGGAGACAGGCACCUUGCUUCCAGAGAUUGAGGUUGAUGCAGGCGAGCAGGGCGGGAGCUGGAAAGGGAAGAUCUACAAGAUCUUGGGCCUGCCCCUUGAGGCGAAGUUGCGCAUGAUCCGGCCAUUCGUGAAAUUGAACAUGGAGGAUGAGCAAGAUGCUGGGGGCCCAUGGCUGGACUUGGUCAUGAAAUACUUGUUCCACAUGGAUGAGCGGACGCCUUUGCCAAAGCACCCUGAGAUUCGCAAGUACCAGGUCUUGGAAGCCUUUGCGAAGUGCAGGGUGGAGCACUUGGGAGGCAAUCGGCUCCAGGAUGUUGCGCUUGACUUUGGGAAGAAAGAGAACCUGACGUUUUUCCACCUGGAUGAGGCCUGCGGGUCUUUGUUGCACUGCGAUUUCUUGAAUCUUCAAGCCCGGCUGCCUGAGAUCCGAGGGGGCGACACGAAAUGGGAAUUGUCCAAUGUCUACGACCCAAAUUGCGAGGCCCAGUGUGUCCAGGACCCGGCUGUGGUCUUCAAGUGCAGCUCCUUCUUUGGGGACCUUUCCACGGUGGACACCAAUCGUUGGAACUAUGACGCCGACCUGUUCAUGCCCAAGAGUGCUCAGGCAUCUUCAAUGUCCUCGCCAGCCAAAAAGGCUAUGUCUUUUGCAGUCAGUCAGCAGGGGCGACAUGUGCUGCACUCCAUGUUGAUCUUGCGUUGGCAACAACACGUUGGCAAAAGCGCCGUGGCCGUGGCUGUGGCAUUGGGGUAUGCGCAUUUGCUAGUGCAGCGACCCAUGGCAGCAGCUGCCCAGAGAACCUCCGACGAUUGCAAGCCUAGCGGCUUCCGUGCUCGGGAUUUCCCAGAGCUUCUGGAAGACGCUUCAUUCUUUGUUCUUGAUGACAUGGCAGAUUCCCAAUUGCUACUGUGGCCACCAGAGUCUUUGGAUGAGGAAAUCCCGUUCUUUUUGCUGAGCAUUUUAGUGGGAGUGAUGCGAGAGCGAGGCAUUGCAGUCCCAGCUUUGGCGCCUGAGCUUCAGUGA